UGGUUUUUCGAGACAGGGUUUCUCUGUGUAGCUUUGCGCCUUUCCUGGAACUCGCUUUGUAGACCAGGCUGGCCUCGAACUCACAGAGAUUCACCUGGCUCUGCCUCCCAAGUGCUGGGAUUAAAGGCGUGCGCCACCACCGCCCGGCUUGAGAACAGCACCUUUUAAGGCAGUGGUUCUCAACCUGUGGGUCCUGACCCCUCUGUAGUUCAGAAGACCCUUUCCUAGGGUCACCUGAAACCAUUGGAAAACACAGAUAUUUACAUUACAAUUCAUAACAGUAGCAAAAUUACAACUAUGAAGUAACAACAAAAUAAUUUUAUGGUUGGGGGUCACCACAACAUGUCACAGCAUUAGGAACCACUGCUUUUAGACAUUCAGCCCCAGCUCGGCUCUCAGACUCCUCUGAAACAUCAUCCACAAACCAAGCUUCUGCCUCUCUGUGAGGACACAAGCAUGCUUAUCUCCCUUCCAAAGGGGUUCUACCACACCCAGAUAACCAAACCUUUACUCAGGUCAUCUGAGACUGUGGCUCUUCCUGGAACAUGAGUCACAUGCAUCUCAAAGCUUUCUUCCAGGAAAACCCCCGAUGUCUCGUACCUGACUUCCCUCCCAUUAUGAUGUGUGUGCAGAAGAACGAAGCAUGUUAUACACUGCCUUUCAAUUAUUGAAUGGUAGCAAGUGGCAAGGGCUCCUGGCUUGCUGCUUCACAUCUGCAGGCUAAAAGUCCAGGGAGAGCGCCCUGGGCUGAUGGUGGUCCUCACAGGCCAUCAGCCACACUCCUGAAUCAUGCUGCAAAUGUGCGACCCAGCAGCCACAGCUGUUGAGCACUGAUUGGUUAAUCUUCCUUGUCAAUUUGACUGGAUUUAGGAAACAUUCUUUUAGGGGGUGUCUAUGAAGGUGUUUAACUGAUUAGAGAACCUCUAUUCUUUUGUGUGUGUGGGGGGGAGGUGGGUUUCAGGACAGGGUCUCUCUGUUUAACAGCUUUGGCUGUCCUAGAACUCGCUUUAUAGACCAGGCUGGCCUCGAACUCAAAGAGAUCCACCUGCCUCUGCUUCCCAAGUGCUGUUAUUAAAGGCAUGCACCUUUUUUGGUUUUAUUUAUUUAUUUAUUUAUUUAUUUAUUUAUUUAUUUAUUUAUUAUGUAUACCAUGUUCUGCCUGCAUGCAUGCCUGUGUGCCAGAAGAGGGCACCAAAUAGAGGCACCAGAUCUCAUUACAGAUGGCUGUGAGCCACUAUGUGGUUGCCGGGAAUUGAACCCACAACCUCUGGAAGAGCACCCGUGCUCUUAACCUACAAACCAUCUCUCCAGCCCCUUAAAAAUUUUAAUCUAAAACGUUUGCAAAGGCUAGAGGUAUACCUCGGUGACAGAGCACUUGCCUAGCAUGUGAAAGGCCCUGGGUACAAUUCCCAGCACUGCAAUAAUCAUCAUUUUUUAAAAGUGAUGAUGUUACAUUAGUUCUACAUUGCUAAGUUAUAAAUUCUUAUCAACUCAAUGACUUAAAGCAGUUCCCACUUCAUUUCCCUAAGUCAGAAGCCCGGCUCAACUGACUUUUUGUUGUUGUUGUUGUUUGGGUUUUUCAAGACAGGGUUUCUCUGUGUAGCUUUGUGCCUUUCCUGGAACUCACUCUGUAGCCCAGGCUGGCCUCAAACUCACAGAGAUCCACCUGCCUCUGCCUCCCGAGUGCUGGAAUUAAAGGCAUGCACCACCACCGCCCGGCUCAACUGACUUUUUACAGGAGCAGACAUGUCAGUGUGCCUGGGCAUUUGCAUGAAAGAUAGCCAUUCACCACCAGGACAGACUUUAAGUCUGUUUCUGAUGGCAGAUUGGGCUUGCACCCAGUUUCCCACCUUUCAUCUGCAUUUCAUCCAUUUCAAAUCCCUGAGAGCCGUGAGGAACACUGGAAGCAGUCACAUACAAAUCCACUUAAGACUCUCUUAAAUGACGUCCUCCAGAUCCUGUGAAUGCAGCCCAGCUUGCCUUCUGAUUGUCUCCUAGGGGCCUGUCUCCCCGUUUGUCUGCUGAGACCAAUUAACUUUGACAAUGUCCCUGAGCAGUGAAGACAGAGCUCUCCCUUCCCCUCACCAGGAGUUUGGGAAUGCAACUAAAAUGGUGUUUGGCUUGUCUUAUCCAGAAUGAGGAAAGGAAGCCAAAGCCUGCCCCACUGGGCAAGGCCAGCCCAGGUGCCUGGUUAGUAAACAGCUAAUCGAUUUGACCGGCAGAAGGAAGAUCUGUGCAAAAGAGCUGGAGAAAGUUGGAGCAAGUGAGGCGACUCAGUGGGCAGAGGAGCUCGCCAGCACAACAAGCCUAUGGACCGGAGUUCUCUCUGGGGUACCUACACUGUGGAAGGCAGAGGGCACCAAGUCCUGCAAGGUGUCCUCUGACUUCCACCCACAUGCCGGGAAUGUGCACACACACACAUAGAUGCACACUAAAAAAUAUAAAUAAUAGAACUGUAAAAAAAUCACAUGUGCACAAGAGCACAUGCAUGUACACACACACACACACACACACACACACACACACACACACACACACACACACACACACACACACACCCCUAAAGUGUAAAUCCUACUACCCCUCCUCUGACACUGCUUCUGAAACUGCACCAAAUCAUUUUGUCUUACGCAUGGCUAACUUUUGAGAAUAAGGCACCGGGCAUAUCAGUAAUGACUACAAACUGGGGUUUCUUUCCUUCAUUUUUGGAGGAAAGCAAUGUUCCUUGUUAUUUUUCCAGGCUCAGGUUUUGAGGGGAAAUACUGUCUUCCUGGCUUCUCAAGGGUGUUGCUCUGGCCCCUAGUUUAGAAAAUGGGGCUGAGACUUAAUGCUUCUGUAGGCCGCUGGGUGGCCCAUGGAUGGGGUUUUCCUGAUUGGCUCGGAGAGAAACUGCUAUCAGGGUUAGAGAAGCUGGGAGUUCUGGAAGACCAGGCUUUAGACCUCCAAGGUGGGAACCAGGGGUAAUGGGGUGAAAGACAAGAAAAUAAGCAGUUUACAAUCCUGUGUUAGCAAAAUAAACUCUGGGGCGGGGCAAUAGAUACCAGGAUCUGUUCUUCAGUUCAGGGCCCCAGCUGGAAGCCAGGCUGGGGACAAAUAGUGCCAGGAAGGACCUCCCAGAGCAAAUGACAUUCAGACUAAGCCCAAAGAAGCCAGUUCAAGGGCACUGUAAGAACCACCAGCCAGGUCAUAGGAAACAAAAUAUAAACACCCAGAAACAGUGAAAUAUACAAAUCCAAACAACAAAAUACUAUUUUUUUUUCCGAGACAGAGUUUCUCUGCGUAGUCCUGGAUGCCCUGGAACUUGCUCUGUAGAUCAGGCUGGCCUCAAACUCACUGAGGUCAGCCUGCAUCUCCCUCCCAAGUGCUGGGAGUAAAGGCACUGCCCAGCCCAAAAUACUAUUUUUCAGGAAUCAAAAAAAUCUUCGGAUGUUAACUGCAGCCAGGAUGGACAAGUCCAGGGAGAGGAGUUCUGUACAUAGUUUUACAGUAAAAGGAGAAAGAAAAGGGACAGGGUGGGAUUCUGGGAAAACAUUUUGGAAGCAUGCAUGAAUUAAGCAAACAAUUUCAGUGCUCAGUAUUUACCAGGAUAUGCCCUCAAGUGUCCCCAAGUUAUACUUCCAAGGGAAGACACUGUAGAAACGUGUCCUGCUGGGAUCAGUGAUAAAAUAAUUCCUGCUAUGUCUACACAGGUAGAGAAAUACCAUAAACCACACAGAAACAAAUGGGGUCUCCUCCUAAUCCCUCGACCAUCCCUCCUCACACUUUGUCUGCCAGUCUGUAUGCAGGAAUCUGUCCUUUCAAACUCGACAGGGAACGAGUGGUGUAUGCAGAGCAAAUUCUGUUUGUCAAAUUCCCAGUGAAAACAGCCAUUAGCUUGUUAAUGAAGGAGCAGGGGCCUGCAGGGAAAUAACAUCCCCACAGAGUUUCAGGAACUGGCAAAGAGGUUGAAGGCUAAAUGUGACUAGGGUGGGGGUAGAGAGAGUGGGUGUGGACAGAAUUCCUGGGCCCGCCCAGGGUCACAGUCUGGGUCUGCUGGCCCGUACGAAUUUGCUGAAACUGUUAACCAAGUGAAUCACCAUAGAGGCCUAUGUCAGGAGUGGGGGAGGGUUGUUGCUUUUGUGUUUUGCAUUUUUUUUUUAAGAUUUAUUUUUAUGUGCGUUGAUGGUUUGCCUGCCUGUAUGUCUGUGUGAGGGUGUCAGAUCUUCUGGAACUGUUGUAAAUUGCCAUGUGGGAGCUAGGAAUUGAACCUCGGGUCCUCUGGAAGCGCAACCAGUGCUCUUAAGCGCCGAGCCAUCUCUCCAGCCCGUGUUUUGUAUUUAGGGGCUGUCUGAGUUGUGCUUGUUAAUACCUGCCUGUGAUCCCAGAAUUUGGAGAAACAAAGGAAAGAAGGUAACUGACUCCCAGGCCAGCCUAAGCUUGAGUGAGAGCCUUUCUCAAAAGAAGGGUUAGAACAAAUAUAAAGUAGGGUCUUGCCCUGUAGCACAGGCUAGCCUUAAACUCACUCUGAAGACCAGGCUGGCUUCUAACUUACUCCAAUCCUCCUGCCUCCACCUCGUACAGGCCUGUGCCACCAUGACCUGCUUUUGUGACAGACAGACAGACAGACGACAGCUUGUUUCUAAUACCUGACUGCUCAUGUCGCGUAUGAGAAUAAAUCUAAAAUAUUAAAGUAGAAUGGAUGGACCUGGUAUCUAUCCCACGGCUAACAACAAGUACCUGACUUUGGGUCCUUGAAGCCUUGCCCCGUGGCAUUCCACCCUGGUCACACACAUGGAUGUGCCUCCUCUGGAGGCAGUUUCCGAUGGGACAGGAAGACUGGCUUCCUUGGGCUCUGAAACCUCUCACUCGAACAGCAGCCUCAGUGCCUUUCUCAGAAACAGGGAGGUGACCGCCAUCGUCUUAAGUUCCGAAAUGAGAACUCCGGUAUAGCGCCUUCAGAGUACGGGGUAUCACGCGGGGUUGUAUGUUUCUCUGGGAGUUGUGCCACAGACCUGCCCAGCAUCUAGCUAUAGAGGGAUACUCCAGAUACAAGGCGAGGCACUCCCCAUCACUACAGAGAGAGACAGAGACACAGAGGAGGAGAUGGGGGGAGGGGGAGAGAGAGAACCAGUAAAUUGCAGCUCAUCCACUUAGCGUAUUGGGCAUGUUUGAACACAGAAGAAUCAAGUUUUAAGCGUCAGGUCCCUGCAGGUCCCCGCGCCCACCCGCAGGCUCCGGGACGCACGUUUGCAAUUCAGACGCCGCUGGCAAAGAUUCGCUCUUACUCCCCGACUCCAAUCCCUCCGGGACCUUGACCUUGACCUUGCUCCUCACCCAAACAAGUCCUCGCGGCUCGCCAGCCCAUCUUCCCUAGCCACCCAAGCCUCCCCAGCAACCAGCUCCAUGCGGCUUUUUAGCAAAUUCAGAGUUAAAAGUCGGUAGUGAAGUAUCAAAUGCCUACAUAUUUAUACAUGAUGCUUAGCGGUUCCUAAAUAAUGACCUUCGUGUUGGAACGGCCCCGGUAGAAUAUCUUGACUCUCUCCCUUCGACCCCCUUUUUCAAGAGAAAAGAAAACCUGUAUCUAAUCAGACACUGCGGGCUAGCCAAGCCCACCGCCCGGCCUUGCGGUGUGAAGGCCUGGUCAUGGGCGUGGGGCUCCGGUCUCCCCGCCCACCUGAGGGUCCUCCCGCCACCCCAAGGGUUUCUAACGAAGGAAGGAAGAUCUCUCGGAAGUCCUUUCUCAAGGUCAAAGCGGUCUGUAGGAGGGAGAGGCCCCAUCCCCCCUAGUCGGCUUGGCUGUUGACUGCCCUAAGAUUCUCUGGGACAGGCGCAUUUCUCAUCUGGGAUAUCUUUCUAAUUUACUAUUUUUCACUUCGGGAAAUUAACCUUUAUGAAUUAAAGCCAUUUGCUAGUACUGUUUUCCUUGUAUUUUUCUCCAACAUUUUUACGACCCGUGGAAGAUGGCGCACUUCUCGUCCAGUCUGGUUUUACUUGUGGUUGUUUCCAGUGCGUUUGAAUCUGGACUCAUUGCUGGGUUGGGCCACCAUGAGCCAGCUAGUCCAUCUCCGAGAGGCCUGGCCAUCAGACAUAACAGCCUUCGGAACCAGGAAGAACCUGCAUUACGAUCUCGCUCUUUCCAGUUUGUGCCUCCCAUGGGGAUAGAGAACAGUAAGUUGCUUAAUAAAACUUGCUGCCUGAAUGGAGGGACCUGUAUCCUGGGGUCCUUCUGUGCCUGUCCACCUUCCUUCUAUGGACGCAACUGUGAACGUGAUGUACGAAGAGAGCACUGUGGGUCUGUCCUCCAUGGCACCUGGCUGCCCAAGAAGUGUUCCCUGUGCAGGUGUUGGCAAGGCCAGCUCCACUGUUUUCCUCAGACCUUUUUACCUGGCUGUGGUGGUCAUGUGAUGGACAGUGAUCUCCCAGCAUCCAGGACUCCGGGACGAGCACCAUCUGUGCUGACUACUUUCAUGCUGGCUGGCAUUUGCCUUUUUCUGGAAAUGAAAGUGUAGCUGUCUGUCAUAUGAACUCAAUGCCAGUAUCCUAACAAAGAUGAUCAUUUGUCAAUCAUUUGGAAGUAAUGCUCAUAGUGAUCCCUGACACCCCCCUCAACGCUAACUAGGCCUUACCUUUGCACAGCUCUGCCCCUUUCUGGCUGUGCUGGCAGUCAAAGCCAUAGCCUGUGUGUGCCAAGUGCUCUAACACUGAGCUAUAUCCCAGCCUAAAAGCCACUCUACUUAAGAACUGUACUACAUGGCCACAUCCUGGUUUGUUUUUUUUUAAAUUUAUUUCAUUUUUAUUUUAUGUGAAUUGGUGUUUUGCCUGCCUGAGGGUGUCUGUCCCCUGUAACUGGAGUUACAGACAGUUGUGAGCUGUCAUGGGUGCUGGGAAUUGAACCUGGGUUCUCUGGAAAAGCACUCAAUGUUCUUAACCACUGAGCCAUCUCUCCAGCCCACAUCUUGUGGUUCUUGAUAAAAAGUAAUUCUUAGCAUUUCUUGCUAAUACUUUUAAGCAGUUCUUAAGAAUAUUAAAUCUUGGGUUGGGGUUUAGCUCAGCAGUAGAGCGCUUGCCUAGCAAGCACAAGGCCCUGGGUUCGAUCCUCAGCUAAAAAAAAAAAAAAAAGAAUAUUAAAUCCUGAUGUGCAACUGAGAGUAAAUUCAGAGUAGGGGAAAAUUGGUUAAGAAAUUGUCUUUUAAGAAAAGAAAAGUAGGGGUUGGAGAGAUGGCUCACAGGUUAGGUGCACAGGCUGUUCUUCCAGAGGCCUUGAGUUCAAUUCCCAAUAACCACAUGGUGACUCUCAGCCAUCUAUCUGUAUUGAGAUCUGGUGCCCUCUUCUGGCCUGCAGGGAUAGAUGCAGGCAGAGCACUGUAUAUGUAAUAAAUAAAUCCUGAAGGAGGAGGAGGAGGAGGAGAAAGAAAGAAAGAAAAAAGCCAGAUGAUGGUGGCACAUGCCUUUAAAUCCAGCAUUCAGGAAGCAGAGGCAGGUGAUCUCAAGUGAGUUCAAGCCCAGCCUGGUCUAGAGAGCGAGUUCCAGGAUAGCCAGGGCUACACAGAGGAACCUUGUGUUGAAAAACCAAAAAAGAAAAAUAAUAGGCCAGGCAUUGUGGCACAUGGGUUUAAUUCCAGCACUCAGAAGUGCUGAAAGAAAAAAAAUUUUUUUUAAAAAAAAGAUUUAUUUGCUUAUUAUGUAUACAGUGUUCUGCCUAUAUGUGACCCUGCAGGCUAGAAGAGGGCACCAGGUCAUAUUACAGGUGGUUGAGAGCACCAUGUGGUUGCUGGGAAUUGAACUCAGGACCUCUGGAAGAGCAGCCAGUGCUCUUAACCACUGAGCCAUCUCUCCAGCCCCAAGAAAAAUUACCUUACAGGGAAGCUGUAGAAGUAACUCGGGUCUGUGUGGAGGGACCAACAGGAUAAGAAGGAAGCAACUAGAACAGAGAGAUUGGGGAAAAUAGAAUGGAUUGUUUGAUGCUUAGGUGGGGACAGAGAAGGGAGUUAAAAGGUUAAGUCAUUCAGCUGCCCUACUAAGUGCAGCUCAGGAGGCAAAGAGGAGGACUCCCAAGAAUCCAUGGCCAGCCUGGGCUACGUAGUGAGUUCCAGGUCACUACAUCGUUUCUCCAAGCUAUGCAAUUGUAUCAACUGUUGUAGAGGAAAGAAAAUGUUUAUAAUAUUAGUAGUAAGCCAAAUUAUAAAACAACAUACUGUAAAGUCUGUUUUUAUAAUAUAUUGUUUAAGAGUAUGCACAGUAAAAAUGGGAACUCUGUUGAUCAAGA